AUGGCGCAAGCCGCCAAGCAGCUCCGCAAGACCAAGGACCUCGCGGAGGCCGCCGCCCAGGAGCAGAGGGAGAAGGAGGAGGAAAAGAUAAAAAAGAGGAAUCGAUCCAGGGACCGCAGGCGCAAGGCCGAUGCAGCCACCAGCUUUCUACGUGCAGCUCGUUCAGGGAACCUGGACAAGGCGCUGGAUCACAUCAAGAAUGGAAUUGACAUCAACACAGCUAAUCAGAAUGGUCUUAACGGGUUACACCUCGCCUCUAAAGAAGGCCAUGUCAAAAUGGUCUUGGAAUUACUGCAUGCUGGCAUUGAGCUGGAAGCAACUACAAAGAAAGGGAACACUGCUCUCCAUAUCGCAGCGCUGGCAGGGCAGGAGAAAGUGGUGGCUGAGCUUGUCAACUACGGUGCCAAUGUUAAUGCCCAGUCACAUAAAGGCUUCAGUCCUCUCUACAUGGCAGCACAGGAGAACCAUUUAGAGGUGGUCAAAUUUCUGCUGGAAAAUGGUGCCAAUCAAAGUCUCCCAACUGAGGAUGGCUUUACUCCCCUUGCUGUCGCCCUCCAGCAGGGCCACGAAAAUGUGGUGGCACUGCUCAUCAACUACGGCACCAAGGGCAAGGUCCGCCUCCCUGCACUGCACAUCGCUGCAAGAAAUGACGACACGCGCACCGCUGCUGUCCUCCUGCAGAACGACCCCAACCCCGAUGUUCUUAGCAAGACUGGUUUCACACCUCUGCAUAUUGCAGCUCACUAUGAAAACAUGAGUGUAGCCCAGCUGCUGCUAAACAGAGGAGCGAAUGUAAACUUUACCCCCAAGAAUGGCAUCACACCCCUUCACAUAGCCUCUAGGAGGGGCAAUGUAAUGAUGGUCAGACUACUGCUUGACAGAGGAGCACAGAUUGAUGCCAAAACUAAGGAUGAGCUGACUCCUCUCCACUGUGCAGCUAGGAAUGGUCAUGUUCGCAUUAUUGAGAUCCUGCUAGAACACGGUGCUCCCAUCCAGGCUAAAACCAAGAACGGUCUGUCCCCCAUCCACAUGGCAGCUCAGGGGGAUCACAUGGACUGUGUCAGGCAGCUACUCCAGUACAAUGCUGAGAUUGAUGAUAUCACACUAGACCAUUUAACUCCUCUUCAUGUAGCAGCCCACUGUGGUCACCAUCGCAUGGCCAAAGUUCUCCUGGACAAGGGGGCCAAAGCCAAUGCACGGGCUCUGAAUGGCUUCACACCUUUGCAUAUUGCUUGCAAGAAGAACCACAUGCGGUCCAUGGACCUGCUGCUUAAGCACUCUGCUUCCUUAGAAGCUGUCACAGAGUCUGGUCUCACUCCUCUUCAUGUAGCAGCAUUCAUGGGCCAUCUGAACAUAGUGAAAAACCUGCUCCAAAGAGGGGCUUCACCCAAUGCUUCCAAUGUGAAAGUGGAGACUCCCCUCCAUAUGGCCUCCAGAGCAGGACACUGUGAAGUUGCUCAGUUCCUGCUGCAGAACGCAGCACAAGUGGAUGCCAAGGCUAAGGAUGACCAGACACCUCUACACUGUGCAGCCCGUAUGGGCCACAAGGAGCUUGUCAAGCUGCUCCUUGAGCACAAGGCCAGCCCUGACUCAGCUACAACUGCAGGUCACACACCCUUACACAUCGCAGCACGGGAAGGACAUGUCCAAACCAUUCGGAUAUUAUUGGAUGCUGGAGCGGAGCAAAUAAAGAUGACAAAGAAAGGUUUCACUCCCCUCCACGUGGCCUCUAAAUAUGGAAAGGUAGAUGUGGCUGAACUCCUUCUUGAAAGAGGAGCCAAUCCAAAUGCAGCUGGGAAGAACGGUCUGACACCCCUUCAUGUGGCCGUCCACCACAACAACCUGGAUGUUGUUAAACUCCUGGUCAGCAAGGGAGGAUCUGCACACAGCACUGCUCGAAAUGGAUACACUCCCCUUCACAUAGCAGCCAAGCAGAACCAGAUGGAGGUGGCCAGUUGUCUUCUUCAGAAUGGGGCAUCACCUAAUGCUGAGUCCCUCCAGGGCAUCACACCUCUACACCUGGCUUCACAGGAGGGACGGCCUGACAUGGUGGCUCUGCUCAUUUCCAAACAGGCCAACGUAAAUCUAGGAAACAAGAAUGGACUGACUCCUCUGCAUCUCGUGGCUCAGGAAGGUCACGUGGGCAUCGCAGACACAUUGGUCAAACAGGGCGCCUCUGUCUACGCCGCUUCACGGAUGGGCUACACACCCCUUCAUGUGGCCUGUCAUUAUGGCAACAUCAAGAUGGUGAAGUUCCUUCUGCAGCAGCAAGCUCACGUGAACGCGAAGACCAGGAUGGGCUACACCCCUCUGCACCAGGCAGCCCAGCAGGGCCACACAGAUAUUGUUACACUUUUGCUGAAACAUGGAGCCCAACCCAAUGAGAUUACCUCGAAUGGAACGUCUCCCCUGGGCAUUGCUAAGCGGCUGGGUUACAUCUCUGUCAUUGAUGUGCUCAAGCUGGUAACCGAGGAGUCGGUUUCUGCGAUCACGACAGAGAAGCAUCGGAUGAGUUUCCCUGAAACCGUAGAUGAGAUUUUGGAUGUUUCAGAGGAUGAAGGAGACGAGUUGCUGGGGAUGGAUGGAGCACGCUAUUUGAAGCUCGAUGAUUUUAAGGACCAGGAUGAUGACUUUCUCUCCCCAAAGAAGACCCUCAGAGACUUUGAGGGCGGCACGGGCACCACGCCGUAUUCACCUGCCAUUCCCAGGAUUCCCUGUGUGUCACCAGAGACAGUUAUGCUGGAUCAGCACACCCCCGUCCCCUUGCCAAAAGAGUAUGAUGAAGAUUCUCUUAUCCCAAGUAGUCCGGCUACUGAGACUUCAGACAAUGUCAGCCCUGUAGCAAGCCCUAUUCACACUGGCUUCCUGGUGAGUUUCAUGGUAGACGCUCGAGGAGGCUCCAUGCGAGGCAGCAGACACCACGGCCUGCGAGUGAUUAUCCCUCCUCGAACCUGUGCUGCGCCAACACGUAUCACCUGCCGUCUCGUUAAACCCCAGAAACUGACCACACCCCCUCCGCUAGUGGAGGGGGAGGGCCUCGCUAGCCGGAUCAUCUCCCUGGGGCCGUCCAGUAUGCAAUUCCUUGGACCUGUGAUAGUAGAAAUCCCCCACUUUGCAUCACUGGGACGAGGAGACAGAGAACUCGUGGUUCUCCGCAGUGAGAACGGCUCAGUUUGGAAGGAGCAUCGCAACCGCUAUGGCGACGAAGUGCUGGAAACUAUUCUAAAUGGCAUGGAUGAAGACUUGGAGAGUCAAGAGGAGCUGGAGAAGAAGAGGAUCCGUCGAAUCAUCUCCACUGACUUCCCCCUCUACUUUGCAGUAGUGUCUCGCAUACAGCAGGAGAGUGAUCUCAUCGGUCCGGAGGGCGGUCGGCUGACCAGCAAGCUGGUGCCCCAAGUUGAGGCCAUCUUUCCGGAGACUGCUGUCACCAAGAGAGUGAGGCUAGGACUGCAGGCACAACCAAUCCCUGACGAACUGCUGACCAGACAGCUUGGUAACCAGGCAACCUUCAGCCCAGUGGUCACCAUCGAACCCAGGCGACGCAAAUUUCACCGCCCAAUCGGAUUGCGCAUUCCUUUACCACCAUCCUGGAGAGAGAGUCCCCGUGAUGCUGGCGAGGGUGAUACCACCAGCUUGCGCCUCCUCUGCAGUGUCAUCGGUGGAACAGCACCAGCUCAGUGGGAGGACAUCACUGGAACCACCAAGCUGAUGUACGCCAACAACUGUGCCAAUUUUACCACCAAUGUGUCUGCAAGAUUCUGGCUGGCAGACUGUCCACGUACAGCAGAGGCAGUGACUUUUGCCAACCUGCUGUACAGGGAGCUAAUGGCAGUCCCAUAUAUGGCCAAGUUUGUUAUUUUUGCCAAGAUGAAUGAAGCACGUGAAGGACGCCUGCGUUGCUACUGCAUGACAGAUGACAAGAUGGACAAAACUCUGGAGCUGCAUGAAAACUUCACCGAGGUGGCCCGGAGUCGAGAUAUCGAGCUAAUGGAGGGCAUGCCUCUUUUCCUGGAGUGUUCUGGGAACUUGGUGCCCAUCCGCAAGGCCACUCAGCAGCCUCGAAGCUUCAGCUUCCAGGCCUUCAGAGAUAACAGACUGCCUGUCUCUGUCAAGGUCAGAGACAGCAACAAGGAUGCCACUGGGUUUUUGUCUUUUCUGCGGAAGUGCACCAAGUAUGAGGACACGCAACACGUACUGUGUAACCUCAAUAUAGCCAUGCCACCUUGUGUCAAGGUCGUUGGGAGUGAGGAGCGCAGACGAACUUUAACCCCUCUUGCUCUGAGAGAACGCUACAGUGCGCUGAAUGAGCCGGGUGUGGCCACAGUGAAUGCCAUGGAGAGGACUGAGCUCAAAAUCAACAUCAUUUCUGAACAGCUGGGUUUAAGCUGGGCAGAGUUAGCACGAGAGCUUCAGUUUGGUGUGGAUGACAUCAAUAGGAUCCGUGUGGAGAAUCCAAACUCCUUGCUGGACCAGAGCUCUGCCCUGCUCAACCUGUGGGCCAGCAGGGAGGGCAAAAGGGCCAAGAUGGAGAGCCUCUACACUGCUCUGCGGAACAUUGAUCGUGCAGAUAUUGUAACCUCUCUGGAGGGUCAGGCUCCACAACCAGCACCCGGUUCUUCAGAGGAGGGUGCCUGUCGGCCCAGUGACCGUGACUCCACCUUGCUGUCCCCCAGCGUCAUUAAUGGUUAUGGGCUGGUGCAGGAGGAGCUUCUGUCCCCGGCCUCCAUGCAGUACAGCUUGCCAUCUCCACUGGGCGUGGAGCCCUAUUGGCAAGAAGUCUCCAGCCUUGAGUGUGCCCCCAUUGCCACCACAGAGGAAGACACAUUAAUGGAGAUGUCGGACGUUCAGGUGUGGCCAGCAGGGGUCAGCCCCUCUCUGGUUACAGUGGAGGACUCAUCACUAGAAGGCAGCAGUCGGGCUGAUGACUCAGAGGGUGCCACACUCUCUUUACCCUGCAGCUUGGGUCGCCCAAGCAGUGGAGCCAGCGGGGCCAGCGGUUCCAUCAUGGAGCUGGAGGAAGAGGAGGAGGAGGAGGAGGAGGAAGGGGAGGUUGAGGAGGAGGAGGCACCACAGGAGCCAGCAAGCGCACUGGCGGAAAGGGACAGGGUGAGAGCCAGUGGUGCCGUUCCCAAGGUCAAUCUAAACGGCCAACUGGGAGGUCAGAGGUCAGACGUGAGGAGAGCAGAGGCCGUAGCUGUGGGAGGAGGAAUAAAAGGAGGAGGUGGAAUGGUAGGGCUGGGCUCAGUGGAAGGGAUUUCUGUUGUUUCAGGCCAGCAGGUGUACGCCCAGAGGUGUGAGAUGAUGGGGCUGAGUCGGGCUACAGAGCACAACGGAGAUAACCGGAUGGUGGGAGGAGGAGCAUUUCAACCCUACUUGCCAGACAAGGACUCCCUGCAAGGCUGGGUGGGCUCGGUGUCAUCAGGGCGUGACGGCAGUGUGCCAGGCUUGCACGUGGCCCAGGAGGCUCUGCUGACUCCGAGAGAGGAGAAGGAGGAGUACACUGCUGAGGCGCAAUUUGUUGAAGAACGUGGAAAUGCACUCACUAGAAAGGACCGGAAACCCACUGCCAAACCAUCCUCCACGAAAACACGACCAGACCGCAGAGGAAAAUGAGCAGGGAGGAAGUGCAGACUAUAAAAUAACAAACAGAAUCAUCCUCAACCUGUGACCAUGGAGCACCACAAAACAAAAGAAGAGGAGAAAAAAAACAGGAGUCAAACUUGUAGUUUUAUAAUAUUUGUAAAGAAAAAUAUCAACUAGACUAAGGCAUGAUGAUACCUUUUCUUUUCUUUUCUUUUUUUAUAUAAAAAAAACCAAAAAAACAUAAAUGUUAGUUAAACAACUAAGAAAAAAAAAAGCAACAAAGUGCUUCCUGUGAACUGUAAUCGCAUGAUGACUGCUGGUGCAUGCCCUUUUGAACUGUCAUUAUCUACAAACUGAAGGGGUACAAGGUACGGGGCGGACCCACACGUGGGUCAUAGGCCUUUUUAAGGACCUUUUAUCCCCCAACUGGAGUGGUUUGUUUCAGCAAGUUGAGUCCAAUAACACUACAGCCAAAAAAGGUCCCUCAAUGGAUGGUUCUCUAUACAGCUAAGCCUCUGCUGAGCCUCCCAAUGCUUCUUUCACUGGACCCUUUGCCCUAAUAUUCUCAAUGUGAUAUAUGCACUCUAUGCUACGUGGACAUGUGUCAGUGUGUGUAUGUGUGUGCGCGUGUAUUUUUCUCUACCGCAUGUGUUUCUUGCUAACGGCUUGGCGCUGAGCCCUGCCCCAUGAUUGGCUUGUUGUCCUUGCGUGCUCAGCGCUGGAAUGAGAAAGCCGUCGUGCUCCCCUGCUCGUGACUUCUUGUCUGCGUAUGGGUUGGUUUUUUUUGUUGUUGUUGUUGUUUUGUUUUUUCUUUGUGAAUGAAGUUCACUCCUCCUUGUUUCUUUGGAACUUGUCCACUUUUGGGUUUCAGCUUUGUUUGACUUCGGACCAGAACCUGAACCUCUAUCUCCCCUCGUGUAUUCAGGGGAAAUGUUUUGAGACAGUGGGAAUGUUUUCUUUCAGAAAAGUGCGGUUGCUUGAUUGCAUUGUACAGCAGCUCUACGGCACAAAGCUUGACUUUCUAUUCCCUCUAACUUUUCUGCGCUCUUCCAUUGUUUUUCCCAGUAGCGUAUGUUACCUUCAGCCACAAUCUCUAUCAGUAGCCUCAGUCUAUAUGCAGUCAAAUCACAGUCCUCUCCCAUCAGCAUCUAAAGGUCCUCCAAAACUUCUGUGCUCCCUCUUUUAUCUGCUUGCAGUGGCUGUAGCGCAUCACUGUUGAAUUUUGGGUCGUUAUUUUAAAUUAUAGUGACAAAAACAUGAACGAUCUAAUUUGUGUGAGGAUGCCGUGAUUUGGGGAUUUCUAGCAAGAGUGAAAUGGCAGCGAGGACAGACAGGUAGCACUGUGAUUGUCUUAUUAACACUGACCCCAGACUCGUGAACUGUCAAGACCCACAUUCAUAUAUAGCACAGGCAAAAGCACACGAACAUAUAUAAACACAUUUCCAGAAACACUCACAUCACACGGUUAAAUAAUUAUUGCCUGGUCAGAGUGUUGGUUUUUGGAGUUAUGCCACAGCAAUAAUACAAAAAACAAAAAAGCAACAAAAAAAAAAAAAAA